AAAUCAGCUGUCUUAGUUGUUGUAGUAGAUGGCAGCACAGCAUCACGUGAAUUUUCAUGGCGGUGUUGUAGGGCUGGCCCCGUAUCGUCUUGUGAUUUCACCAAAUAAUUGCUGUUUCGUUUAAAACAGUGUUAAACAGCAUUAUUUUUUAAAUACCGGUGAGCAAGAUGAGCGAGUACUGGGUUAUCAGCGCGCCUGGGGACAAGACCUGCCAGCAAACUUGGGACACCCUCAAUAAUGCCACUAAAUCAGGCAACCUCAGUGUUAACUACAAAUUCCCAAUACCUGACUUGAAGGUUGGUACAUUGGAUCAAUUGGUGGGGUUGUCAGAUGAUCUCGGCAAACUUGACACCUUUGUGGAAAGUGUCACCAGAAAAGUUGCUCAGUACCUUGGUGAGGUACUAGAAGAUCAACGCGACAAGCUCCAUGAGAACUUGAUGGCCAACAACAGCGACCUGCCCACCUAUCUGACCCGUUUCCAAUGGGACAUGGCAAAGUAUCCCAUCAAGCAGAGUCUUCGCAACAUCGCCGAUAUUAUCAGUAAACAGGUGGGACAAAUAGACGCGGAUCUAAAGGUCAAGUCGGCUGCCUACAACUCUCUGAAGGGUAAUCUACAGAACUUGGAGAAAAAACAAACUGGCAGCCUCCUGACGCGGAACUUGGCCGACCUGGUGAAGAAGGAGCACUUCAUCCUGGACAGCGAGUACCUCACCACGCUGCUGGUCAUCGUGCCCAAGUCGAUGUUCAACGACUGGAACGCCAACUACGAGAAGAUCACGAACAUGAUCGUGCCGCGCUCCACGCAGCUCAUCCACCAGGACAACGACUACGGGCUCUACACCGUCACGCUCUUCAAGAAGGUUGUAGACGAGUUCAAGUUGCAUGCGCGCGAGCGUAAGUUCAUCGUGCGCGAGUUCUCGUACAACGAGGCCGACCUCGCCGCCGGCAAGAACGAGAUCACCAAGCUCGUCACCGACAAGAAGAAACAGUUCGGUCCGCUGGUGAGGUGGUUGAAGGUCAACUUCUCUGAGUGCUUCUGCGCCUGGAUACAUGUUAAGGCUUUGCGAGUAUUCGUAGAGUCUGUGCUGAGGUACGGGCUGCCGGUGAACUUCCAGGCGGUGGUGAUGGUGCCGGCGCGCAAGAGCGCCAAGAAGCUGCGCGACGUGCUGCAGCAGCUGUACGCGCACCUCGACCACUCGGCGCAGCAGCACGGCCAGAACGCUCAGGACACGGCAGAGCUAGCAGGUCUCGGCUUUGGGCAGUCGGAGUACUUCCCCUACGUGUUCUACAAGAUCAACAUCGAGAUGGUAGACAAAGUAUAAGACACGACAUCGCAUUACAACUUAUUUAUAGGUAAUGUUACCAGGCAGAGCUGCCGUACUUCUGUGCAACCAACGCUAGCGAGCAAUAGAUACAAUUGUUUACAACUACCUUGGCCCUUCACAAAAUCCAAGACGAGAUAUGCCUAUAUUUAUACAAUCUUUUUUUUUUGUAUGUACAGUUAUGUUUUUUUGAUUUUUGCGUGUUUUAUUGAUGCAGGUUGACACUGUACUAUAUAUUUAUAAUAAUAAUUAUUAUUGUAAUGAAUGUAACAAAUGAAAUAUUUAUUUAAGAUGCGCCAUCUUUAGUAUAAUUCGAGCUUUGGCAAAAAUUCCGCGAAUUUAAAAUUCAUGGACGGAGAGAUAUUUUUUUAAACGCAACAAUUUUAUUUUUUCAGUAUUAAAGUUGCGUCGGUUAUAUAGAGAGUAGUAUUUUCGCGACACUGUAUAAAUGGAUAAAUAAAAUGAAUUGUUCAAUAAAUAAUUAUUAUAUUGGAGUUUAUGCAAGAGCUAUGUAAAUAAGAACAUUCCUCAUUAUAACUUGUGUAGUACAUAAUAAAAUAUUAUUCAAGUUACUGUU